CCGGAUGACAACAGCCUUUUUCUUUUAGUUUCGUAUGUAUCUGCCAGUCCGAAUCUCCAGUCCAAAAGUUGCGUUGGGUCAUGGCAUUCUGCCAAACCCAAAUUUCACAGCUGGCUUGGUUAGGCCCGGGUGUGACCUGAAAUUCCUUCAAUUGCCUUCGUUGAUAGGCUAUGUAAUAGUGAUUGUACAGCUCUUUCCCGAACCAUUCUCUGCAACAUUUUCUCCAGUGUCCAACCAGAAGGUCAUGUUGAUCAAGGAAAAAGUGGCUCAACUUCAAUCAGCAGAUUAUAUCGCUCCGAGUCACGGUGACACACCGCAACAACAUCUAACGCGCGACCCUUUCUUGCCCCCAAGACAUAACAUGAAGCAGUGUUCACAAAACCGAGUCAAGCUUGCCUUUUCAAUCUUGAGACCCAAGAGCUCCACCUGGAUUGUCACAGCAGAGAUACUGAACAGUGAAUACACUAGGUGCUGUUGUGGAUGCUGUGUACGCUCUGGUAUGACUCGGAAUCCGUCCGUGCAAGCAGAAGAGGGCUUCUCGCCCUGCCUCCUCGAUGCUAUCAACACGACUUCCGCAUCGUCUGUCCUGCCAUCGAUAGUGCCCCCUUUACAUGAAACUCAGAUUUACAACGUGUCUGGUUCUCGUAUCAAGCCUAUCUCGUGUCUGUGCUCUUCUCACGCAGGAAAGAGACUGACAAUGGUAGGUAAUACCGCUUCCACAACCUCCUCGAUCACCAGAAGAAGUUCGAAGGGAAACGAUUUCUAUGCCUCAGGAAGGAGUUCUGUACCCACCAUUAUCUAUGCUCACGGGUCGCCCGCAACAAUCAUCCUUAGAGAGGAGCUUAUGGGUUAUAUCUGUUUGCCACUUGUCGAAGAGCUCGUGCAAACUGAUUCGUCGCUGGGUAUUCCCUCCCAUACAUCCAUGCCUUCAGUGGCUUAAGACCUUCGCGAAACGUAUUGGCAAGCUUCAGCAAGGAAAGCUGACAUUCUUAUACUGGGAAGGAGACCGUUUAGCGCAUCUCCCUCGACGUACACGGGGGGCUGGUC